CACUUCAGUGUUGUGAUGGCAGUGCGCGCGGAGCGGAGUGAGUCCGAGUCUAGUAAUCACGAAAACAGAGUGAAGUCCUACAGGAACUCAAACCGGGAUUAUUCAUCACUCACGUCUCGAUGUUUAUAGCGUAGAAGUGUUUCAGGUUUAGCGGGUGUAGCUUUUAGAGUCUCCUCUUAACGCGCGCGCUCAACCACACACACACACACACACACACACACACACCUACGAUCUGUGAUUCUGCGCGAGCCUGAAAGCAGAAGCCCGAGAUGAAGUUCGUCGCAGCGCUUCUCCCUCUUUAUCUCCAUCUCACAGCUCUGAAGGUGGUGGAAGGUGAUGUGUGUGCUAGCGGGAAGUUUACGUCUUUGGGUGAGUGCUGUAGUCUGUGUCCCGCAGGCACAGGAGUGGCGUCCAAUUGUGAACAAGAAGACACCAAAUGCCAGCCAUGCCAUGAGGGUGUGACGUUCUCAGGCUUUGAAGGACUGUCAGGAUGCCAGCCUUGUUCUCAAUGCCCUUUAGGCAUCCCCCAGCUGGCACACUGCACCGUCACCCAAGACACACAUUGUGACUGCGGAAAGGAUUUCUUCCUGUGGAAGCGAUCGAACGAAACCGACUCAGUCUGCGCCCCGUGUGCCGCUUGUGGGCGUGGAGAGGGUGUAGUGCGAGCGUGCGGCCCGGCAGGAAACACGGUGUGCCAGCCGUGUGGUCCAGGCACCUUCUCAGAGGACAAAAGUUACAGCCAGGCCUGCAUGCCAUGCUCCCUGUGCAGCGAGGACAAGGUGGAAAUCCGGUCGUGUCAGCCUGAGUCAGACACACUUUGCAUGGAUCAAAACCUGCACAUCUUUUCGAGAAACGGAUCCGAGGGCCCGUGGGAGUUUCCACGCCGACCCGCUGUGUCGGACGAGGAGCGUGAAAAGAAGAAUAAAAUUGUGACAGGAUCGGAAGCUCCAGACCUUAACUCUCAAGACCAUCAAGGAGGCAACAACAUCCUGAUCUACGUGUCUGUGCUGGCAGCCGUGGUGCUGGGACUCCUGAUCUACGUCGCCUACAAGUGCUGGAAAUCUUUCCAGCAGAAGCGGGCUCUGGGGAAAGCCCGUGCUGCAGAGCUGAACAACGUGGUGGAGGGCGAGAAGCUACACAGCGACAGCGGCGUGUUCCUCGACUCUCACAGCCUGCAGGAGAGCCAGCCGAGCAAAGGCAGCAAGCAGAACGUGCGUUACGCGAACCUGCCCCCUCACAGGCAGGACGAGGUGGAGAAGCUCCUGGCUGAGGGUGGAAGCCGGAGCUGGAGGCAGCUGGCCAGCGUGCUGGGGUACGAGCAGGAAAAGGUGGACAUGUUCGGCCGUGGCGAGGACCCCGUCCACACACUGCUGACUGACUGGGGGCUACAAGACGGCUCCACACUCGAGCUGCUCUCCAGCGCACUGACCAACAUCGAGCGCCAGGACGUAGCCAAAGCACUCAGUUCCCCCAGUCAAGGUAUCAGCAUGGUCUGAUCUGUUCAUUUCACAUGGACAACAAUGGACCCGAAUGAGGAAAAGAGCACAGCACUCGUUUCUGCAUUACAGAAAAAAAGACUUUAGCCUCCAAAAAGAAGGAAAAGAACUGUAUCCUGCUUGUUUUAUAAUCAAUAUAAGUGCCUUUUUGCUCAUUUCUGCAGCGCUUUCCACCAAGAAUGGAUGCUCUGCUCAUCUUCCGUUUAAGACGGUUUUGGUAUUUAUGUGCAGAAGACGGACUUCCAUUUCAGAGUAUUGACAAGCCGAAACAAAACAUGGUACCUCUGUAACAGGAGGGGAAAAAAAUAAUCUGUGGUUCAGAUGGCUUUGGUUACUGCCUGCAGGUCGUGUUUCACUGCUGUUUUCCACUCACUCCUGCAGGAGAGAAACUUUUUCUUCUGGGGAAAAUAAAAUGCCCUUAGUUUUUACUAACGAAGGCAUUCAGACUCAUCGAAUCCUGAGUCACACGAGCACACCAUCAGGAGCAAUGCGUGUUUUAUAGGGAUGAGGUGUGCUGUGUGGUAGCAGAGAUCUAUGCAGGAACUGAUCAUAAAGCACUGUUUCUGUGCGUGUGUAAAACAGUUCAUCAGCAUCUACAACUUAAGGGAGCAACAUCAUGCGACUUUGUGUUUUGUUUGUCCUGUCAAUCAUGAAAACAUUUUGUCUUCUUUGUCUUUUAAUAAAAAAUAAAUAAAACAUUUUUAAUAACCA